UUCCACCACUUUGGAGACCCUGACUCGCUUCCCAGACUCCAUGCUGGGGGCCAUGUUUAGGGCGGGCACCCCCAUCCCCCCCAACCUCAACCCCCAGGGAGGCGGCCACUACUUCAUCGACAGAGAUGGCAAGGCCUUCCGGCACAUCCUCAAUUUCCUGCGGCUGGGCCGCCUGGACCUGCCCCGUGGCUAUGGGGAGACGGCCCUGCUCAGGGCAGAGGCGGACUUCUACCAGAUCCAGCCCCUCCUGGAUGCCCUGCGGGAACUGGAGGCCUCUCGGGGGACCCCCGUGCCCACAGCUGCCCUGCUCCAUGCCGAUGUAGACGCCAGCCCCCGCCUGGUGCACUUCUCCGCUCGCCGGGGCCCACACCACUAUGAGCUGAGCUCUGUGCAGGUGGAUACGUUCCGAGCCAACAUCUUCUGCACCGACCCCGAGUGCCUGGGCGCCAUGCGGGCCCGAUUUGGUGUGGCCAGUGAGGGCAGGGCAGAGGGAGGCCCUCACUUUCGUCUGGAGUGGGCCCCCUGUCCCGCAGAGCUCCCUGAGGUGGAGUAUAGGAGACUGGGGCUACAGCCUCUGUGGACUGGGGGGCCGGGGGAGCUGCGGGAGGUGGUGGGCACGCCGGGCUUCCUGGAGGAGGUGCUGCGGGUGGCUCUGGAGCACGGCUUCCGUCUAGACUCCGUCUUCCCUGACCCCGAGGACCUGCUCAACUCCCGAUCUCUGCGCUUUGUGAGGCACUGAAAACGCGGCCCUCCCGUCUGCCUGGGAGGGGGAGAGAACGGACAGCAAAGAGAAUGAGAGACUCCCCCCACCACCAUCACCUCCGAAGCCUCUUCUUAGCUCUGCCUCUGGAGCUGUGAGGGUCAGGGCUGCACCUUGACUGGAGCCCAGAUGUGGGCAGGAGCUCCCGAACCUGAGCCGUGCAAAGGGUCUGGCUUGGUGCUAAUCCUGGGAGGGGCGGGGAAGAUCCCCUGGCUUGCUCUUGCCCGAGGCUGGGGGCCUGCAGUGUCUCCCCGUUGGAGCUCAGUAUUCAAGGGUCUAGAGAAAUAGGGACACCUCUCUGCCCAGGCUAGGCCUCGCAGAACCCUGGAGGGGACUGAAGUGUGGGAGAAAGGAGGACUUUGAACUGCUCUGAUGUGGUCUCCUGGACCGUGGCUUCUCCUGCGGCUGGAUGGCCUGGCCAGGCCUGACCGAAGGCAGACCAGAACAUUCUGGAAUAUGGGAAGGGGGAUCCUUUGCUCUGUCUCAAGUCACCUCCUGAAGGAGACAGAAAGGCCACACCCCACCCCACGGUGGCCUAAGGGAGCUAGGAGAAUCCCCAUUUACUAUGGGGCUGGAACCCCACACUCUAGAAAGCCAAGUUUUUAAAGGACCCUCCAUUGAUGGUGGAGCUGGCCUUUGGGAAGAGGGUGGCAU